AUGAAAUAGGUUCCUAUUGUAUAUUUUUUUCAAAAUGAACCAAAGACAUAAUAUAUGUUCUUUUUUUAAGGAGAGGAAGUAUAUCAAUUGUAAAUUUUUAUUGUAGCUUCUUGUAAAAAAUAUUUUGCAAUAAUUUCCUUUCAAAAUUACAUCUCAUCACAUUAGAUUUAAGAUAUUUGUAUAAGACAUUGAACCAAAAACGUAAUUGAUUAUUUUAUUUAUUAGACAUGCUUGGUUUGAUAUAUCGAAUCCAAAUGCUAAAGUACCAGUAGUAAAUGAUACUGUAUAUGCCAAAAUAUUAACACUUUAAGAUGUUUCAUUUAGCAGAAUAGCUAAGAAAAUGGUUGAAAGUGUGAAUUCAGAUUAAAAAGUUGGAGAUUUAAAAGUAGGAGAUUUAAGAGUUUAAAAAAAUAUUGUUUAAUAAUCACCAUAAACAUAAAAUAAAGUCUUGUCAUAACAAUCUAAUUCAUCACCUAAAUUGUAAUAGCAAUAAAAUUAAAAAUAAACUUUACAACCUGUUAUUCAAUAGAGUAGUGAAAGAUAUAGCAAUAGAUAAUUAAGUAAUUAAUCAAAUGGAACCAGUCAGAGUGGUGAUCUUUUAGAAGCAUUUGAAAAAUUAGAUUUUAAGCCAAAUCCUCAUCAUACCUAAUCAUAACCAAUAAGUCAAGCAGAUUUAGAUAUCAACAAUACAAAUAAUAUUAAUUUUUAAAAUUUUAAUCAUUUCAAACCAACAGUUUAAUAAAAUGAUAUAGAUGAUAAUAUGCUUAUGAAAGUUUAACCAAUACAACAAUCAUAAUAAACAAAAAAAGGUGAAAAUUUGUUUGAAUUUGAUGGUCCAAUAGAAAAUUAAGCUAAUAUAUAAAAUGAUUAAAUUUAGAGAGAGGAUCUAUUUUAAUUUGAUACUCCAACUCAGCCAAAAUAAUAAUAAUAAUAAUAAUAAUCUAAUGAAUAAUAUGAGGGACUCACAGAUAAACAAAUUGUUGAUAUGAAAGUAGCAUAAGCAGCAGAAGGUUUAUAAAAGAUAUGGUAAGAUGAGGCAGAUUAUAACAUUUAGAGAUAACAAGCUAAAGAUGAAGUAGAACCAAAAAUAUUGAAAUGGGCUUUUAAAAAUGAUGUUAGAAAUAAUUUAAGAUUACUUCUCUCUACAUUAAAUGAUGUUUUAUGGGAAGGAACUGAUUGGUAAUGUUCAAUAGGGGAUUUAAUGACUGAUGGAAAAGUCAAAGUAAUUUAUAUUUCUAUCAAUUCUAGUUGAAGUAUCGCUAAGCUUUAUUAAUUGUUCAUCCUGAUAAACAUAAUUAGACUCCUCCUAUUUAAAGGUAUAUUGCAGAAAGAGUAUUUUAUGAACUUAAUUAAGCUUGGAAUGUUGAUAAAAGCAAAAAUUGA